AUGCUGCAGAGAUCAAGAGAAACUACACACCAGAAAUCAGACAGUACAAAUGUACCUUCAGUAUUCAUUGUAGACAAUAGAUAUGUUAAGCAGUUGCUGAUAGAUACCUUAGUUGGCUUGCAAGCCAACCUCACACUCCCGUCGAAGCAGCAUGAGGAUUUACGUGGUCUUGGCUCUGGUGGGCGCCGCCUGCGCCGCCGCCCUUCCCCUGGAGGCUCCCGAGCCGGUCCAGGACACCGAGGAAGUGGUGCAAGCCAGAGCCGAGUUCCAGGUCGCCUUGGACGAAGUCCCCGAGGUGGUGGUUCCCGGAGGCGCCCCCGAGCCCGUAGUCGACACGGAGGAGGUUGCCGCCGCCAAGGCCGCCCACCGGCCGCCGUCGACGCCGCCAUCGCCGCCGACGGAUCGCUCCCCGAAGUCGUAGUCCUUGAAGACACCGAAGAAGUGGCUGCCGCCAAGGCCGAGUUCAAGGCCGCCUUCGCCGCCGCCGCCGCCGCCGCAGAGGCCGCCCCCGACGCGCCCGCAGCCACCGUCUACACCGCCGCCGCCCCCGCCGGCGCCGUGGCCAUCCACGCCCCCUUCCUCGCCGGCUCCCCCCUGGUCUCCGGCGCCCCCUUCCUCGCCGGCACGCACGUCGCGGGCGGCGCCCCCCUCGUCUACAACGGACUCGGCUUCCCCGCGGCCGUGCCCUUCGGCCUCCACGGCGUGCCCUUCGGCCUCCACGGCGUGCCCUUCGGCCUCCACGGCGUGCCCUUCGCCCAGGUCGCCGACGAGUGAGCGAGGCCGCGAAAGGCCUUCCUCUUCCUCGCCUGUGAGAUUUUUGUACGAAUUUUUUCUUCUUUUUCGACGAAAAUUGGUUGUAAUUAAUGAUUUUCCUGUGGAAAUAAAUUUGGCUCCUGAACAAUG